GCAUGCUUUUUUUCCCCCCUGCCAUUUUGAGUUGCUUUAGACAUGAAUAGGUAGCAUUGGUCAGAGCAGAAGUAGUUAAUGAGAAAAAGCAAAUAUCCGUGUCCUGAAUAUUGAUUUUUGGUUUACUACUGGUAGCUUGUGCUUCAUAGUUUUUUUUUCAUCACAAGGAGCUCGUAAGAAAGAGCGGCUCUGGAUUCUGUGUUCUCUCUCUUCCCAGUUAGUGUGUAAGCGUGUUUAGAGAUUGAAGCACUGAUUUUGCAGAGAUUAACAUACUUCAUCAACUGUUGGAUUAAUAUUGGGAGCAAUAUGUUUCUGAAAACUAGCUUUUCAGCAUGAAUGUGAAAGAGUUCCUAGCCAAAGCCAAAGAAGACUUUUUAAGAAAAUGGGAAAGCCCCCCUCAGAAUACUGCUGGCCUAGAUGAUUUUGAGAGGCAAAAAACCCUUGGAACAGGAUCAUUUGGGAGAGUUAUGAUGGUGAAACACAAAGCCACAGAACAGUAUUACGCUAUGAAGAUACUGGACAAACAGAAGGUUGUCAAACUGAAGCAAAUAGAACACACACUGAAUGAGAAGAGAAUAUUACAAGCAGUGAACUUUCCUUUCCUUGUAAAACUGGAGUAUUCUUUUAAGGACAAUUCUAAUUUAUACAUGGUAAUGGAGUAUGUUCCUGGUGGUGAAAUGUUUUCACAUCUAAGAAGAAUCGGAAGGUUCAGUGAACCACAUGCACGGUUUUAUGCAGCUCAGAUAGUGCUAACAUUUGAGUACCUCCAUUCAUUAGACCUCAUCUACAGAGAUCUAAAGCCUGAAAAUCUUUUAAUUGAUCAGCAAGGAUACAUCCAGGUCACGGACUUCGGCUUUGCAAAAAGAGUAAAAGGAAGAACUUGGACGUUAUGUGGGACUCCAGAAUACCUGGCACCUGAAAUAAUUCUCAGCAAGGGUUACAACAAGGCAGUGGACUGGUGGGCAUUAGGAGUGUUAAUCUAUGAAAUGGCAGCUGGAUAUCCCCCAUUCUUUGCAGAUCAGCCCAUUCAAAUUUACGAGAAGAUUGUGUCUGGCAAGGUAAGGUUCCCAUCACACUUCAGUUCAGACCUAAAGGAUCUUCUAAGAAAUUUACUCCAGGUAGAUUUGACCAAACGAUAUGGAAAUCUCAAGAAUGGUGUAAAUGACAUAAAGAAUCACAAGUGGUUUGCAACUACAGAUUGGAUUGCCAUUUAUCAGAGAAAGGUAGAAGCUCCGUUCAUACCAAAGUGCAGAGGCCCUGGAGAUACCAGCAACUUUGAUGACUAUGAAGAAGAAGAUAUUCGUGCGUCUCUAACAGAAAAAUGUGCAAAAGAAUUUGCUGAUUUUUAGUAGGCGUAAGAGGACAAGAUGACAUCAGGGCUCACAUUGGGAUCUUUGCACUCUGUUAACAGAUGAGGUGGAGCUGAGACCAUCAUAUGUCAAAACAGUUACCUAGUUACUUCAUUCCACAAAGCUGACUGAGGUCUUUAUUGCCAUCUUCCAUGUGUGCAGUUUGCACCAACCCUUCUAACUAGGCACAAUUAAGCAAGCACUGUUUGUGCAGUAACACAGAAUAAUAGACCACUUUCCUACUUAACUUUGGUUUCUGUCGUUCUUCGUUUCUGUGUAUUGUUCAUUUUCCCCCUUUAAAAUGAAGUAGUUUUUUACCCAAGAACGCUCCAUUUUAUUUUGAAUAAUGUAUUAUUUGUGUGAGUGAAAUGGAAGGUGUUGCGGCUAGUGUGAUUUAGACUGAAGUGAAAGAUAAAUGUUGCUUCUAGUCUGUGCCAGCCAAUAAUUCUUGUCUGUCUUGUGUCUGAUGCUACAAUUUAUAAUAAUUUUUUAGUAGCUCAGACUAAACCUAGCCAACAUUUUUAGCAUUUUUGAAGGUAGUAUUUAUCGCCAUAUAAAUGUCUGCUAAAUUAACUUAAAAACAUUUCUCCUGGAGACUGACCAAAAUUCAGUAGAAUCAAUUGGAUGGCUUAAGUAGGGGACAGUAGCUAGACCCCGUGCCUUGGUUUUCUACAUCCCUGCAGUUUUCGUCACUGCCUCCUUCCUUUGUAUUUCCCACCUAGGCAGUAGGUAAAUUGCCAUAACCAGACUGUACCACGGAGAGCUUACAGUCUCGGGAGAGGGAGUAAUUCCACCUGGUCUGGAUUUUGGACCAUAUUUAACCAAGUCAACUUACCAGCAUUUCAGUUGGCAGGUAUGAAAUGGCUUUUUAAGAACAUGAACCCUAAACUCUUAAAAGGAAGUUUUGGUCAGUAUUGUAGACAAUAUGAUUCAUUUCGAUUCACUGUUUUUUUUGUUUGUUGUUGUUUUGUUUUGUUUUGGGUUUUUUUAGGAAAAAAAAAAAAGCCAAUAUUUGGGCUCCCAAAGUAUUCCUUGUUUUGAGCCUUUUUUGAUUAAAAAAGGCAUCCAUUAAAAUCAAAACCACCACACCACAAAAAGCAAAAUGCGCUCUGCCAUUAGCUAUGAAAAACAAAUGGUUUAGCAAAUGCAAAGUAAUGUUCUAGAUGCAUUGCUGGAUGAACACGGUUAUUUUUUUGUUAGCUGUUAAGAAUAAGAGGUAAUUGCCAAGUUUUUAUUCUGGUAUACUAUAUUAGUAAACUGAGGAUGGAGUACUGCUACAAUCAUUUUCUUUUUAAUUACAGCACUUCAUUCACGAAGAAAAGAGACAAAGUUUAAAAACUGCAACAGCUGGGUUUAUUUUAGUUGCGUUGUGUCUUCAUUUCUAACCUACUUUCUUUCAAUCCAACAGAAUGUAUGGUCACACAGAUAUAAGUAUUUGGGCUUAAUUAUGUUUUGUAUACUCUCACCAACUGACUUAAAAGGUAUUGCUACCAUGUGCUAGCUUUGGGCACUUUUACACAUUUAUUUCAAUGUUAAUAAUCAGUGGCUCAGCACUUUUUUGGGGGUUGCUUUUAAACUUAUUCAUAGUAGUUUUAUUUGUACACUUGAUUCUGGCUGUCUCAGUGACCUGUCUUAAAACAGCACAUCUAAACAGUUGAAACUAGACUCACAUUUUAUGAUAAAUUUACAUGCAUACGAGGAUGAAUUGUUUUUAAACAAAAAAAGAGCUAUCUUGAUACAUAGCCAUUGUAUUUGUUUGGAUGUCAGUGCAAAGAAACCGCUGGCAUUCCUUCCUUUUAAUCUGUAUGACACUCCUUUAAGAGAAGCCUUUGUAGACAUUUUACAAAAGAGUAUGAAACGUCCCAUCCAACAUUCUGUAUGUUUAGGUUGUUGAGCAUUUUUGCACAACGUCAUUAGGAGGCUGACACUGAAUGCAGUCUUUGUCCACCCAUAUUUACAUAUGUGCAAGAAAAGUAUAAGAUACUUUGCUGUAGCAAAUUUUAUGUAACAAAAAUAUAUCGUCACAUUAAUAAAUUUAAAGAAAUCCUUUGUAUGAAAAUGUUAAAAUCUUUUGUAUUUCAUUUAGACCAAGGACAUGCUGCUGUAUGCUAGCUGUAUGCGAUAAAUUCUACAGUAACUUUGUUGUCGUUUAUGAACUUUAAAAGAUUUUAAUAAAUGUUGGAGAUCACAAUUUGAUUCUGUUAUGAUUUUAAUUUUUAAUCAUUACAUUUAUAAUUCUAGUAAGGUUCCGAGAUUUUUCUGUUUUGUAAAAUACUGUAAUCAUUCAUCUUGCGUGUACAAUAAGACAAAAGUCUAGGAAAUUGGUUCUGACAUGUCUGUCUGAUAUCCAGAUUAAAUUCUACGUGGGCAUAAGUGGAAAAGUCAUCUUAAUGCCAUGAUAUUAUGCUAUUUUUUAAUUUUAUGAAAAUCCUGUUAGAAAGUAAAACACUUUUCCAAUAUGGCAUAAUAGACUUCAGUAUGGAAAUGAGAUUCUAUUUUGGAAAAGGAGGGGAAGUGUGCAAUUUCCAAGGCAUUAGUGAGUACAUUUGACAAUGUGAGUAUUAUACAACCCUCUCAUUUAAACACAGUCAUAAAAUAUAACUACAGAAUAUUGUUACCUGUAUUUAAUUUGAAAAAUCCUUUUCACAAUAUGGAAAAAUUGUAUAUCUAUGACAGUAGAAGCUUGUUAAUUUUACACAUUUGAGGAAUUAAGUGUUGAACUAUAUGGUAUAUUUUAAUUGUACUCUAGUUGUAUGUAACUUUCAUUUCCAACAUAAAGGAUUGUAUCUCA